UCACUCUUUCACGGACGCAGCCGUUCCAUAAAACAAUUAAAAAGAAGAAAAAAAACAAUCAGUUAAUCUCUCGUUUGCUCGCUCUCCCUCUUUCUUGUGAAUUCGAUUAUGCGUUGUUCAAGUAACAAUACGUUUAUUCUUCCCCCUAUUCUUGUUGUAUGAAUUUCUAGGUUGCAUUCGAUAUAUUCAUAUCCGACCGAUCUAUUAAUUUUAUUUAACGGAUUCAUGUCUUUUAUUUUUUGUGCGAAUGUCUAUAUCUUAAGCUGUUUCGAUGUUCUUGCAUAACUUUAGCAAGGGAAAAUUUAAGCCUGUUAUGAUUACUUAUUGGAAAUUAUAAGAUUGCAAAAUGCAGAAGAAUAUAAGCUGAUGAGCGAUAACUUUUGAAUCGUUAUAUUUUAGUUACCUACUAGACUCGACGCUCAAAAGGAUUUUUGAGAAGAGAUUUCCAAUUAGUUUGGUGGUUCACCUAUCCCUAACAAGAUUGAUUGUAAGUUAGGCAUUAUGAGGGAACCUGACUUCUGAAGACAAGUGUAAAGUCAGUGCUAAAUUGAUUUGGACUAGCAAAGAAAUCGAAAUAGUUGUUUCUUCUCCUUUAGUUCACCCCAUUCUUAUGAGUCAUCUUGAGCAAUUGGCUUUUGAUUUCAGGUUUGUUUGAGUCAUUCUUAUUUUGCAUCCUUCUGUUUCGCCAACUGUCUUCUAAGAAACGUCCAAUAGGCAGGAUGUACUCAUAUUAGAAUUAUAUGAAAUGCCGCUUUUAUCAAAAAAAAGAAGAAGAAACAUCCAAUAAAAUUGGACUAAACUCUGAACGUAUCAUUGCUGGCUUUUUUUCAAUAUAUGCUAAUUUGAUGUUGGUGUUGCAGCAGUUGGAAAAUAGGGUUUAAUUCAACGAAGAUGUCUUCUCCAAGCAAGAGGCGAGAUAUGGAUGUCAUGAAGUUGUUGUGAUCGUGCAGGAUUUGGUGCAUUAGGCAGAAGAAAAAUGCGAGCAAACAAUCUUUCUGGAUGAUGAGUGACUACACAGUGGAGACCAUAAAUGAUGGGCUUUCUGAAUUUAACGUUGAAUUUCAUGGCCCCAAAGAGAGUCCGUAUGAAGGUGGGGUGUGGAAAGUCCAUGUUGAGCUUCCAGAUGCAUACCCAUACAAGUCCCCAUCUAUUGGUUUUCUGAACAAAAUAUUUCAUCCUAAUGUCGAUGAGCUAUCCGGCUCAAUAUGCUUGGAUGUCAUCAACCAAUCCUGGAGCCCAAUGUUUGAUCUUUCAAACAUAUUUGAAGUCUUUCUUCCACAGCUGUUACUUUACCCGAACCCUGCUGAUCCACUGAAUGGUGAUGCAGCUUCACUGAUGCUGAAGGACCAGCAACAAUAUGAGCAAAAAGUAAAAGAAUAUUGUGAGCGUUAUGCAAAGAGGGAGAAGUUCGAGAAUCCUUCUUUCGAUGGGAGUACUGAUGAAGAGAUCAGUGACAAUGAAAGCACAGGGUCGGCCAAUGAUGACAUUCUUGGUGCUGCAGACCCCUAAAGUGACAGGCCAUGUAUUUCACUCAGAACAAUACAACAUUUAUCCUUAAUUAGACCGGCAGCAAGCUUUUAUAAUGUUGCGGUAUAUAUGUCUGUACUGCUUAUCUGUAAUACCCUUAGUGAUGCUGCUGCAUGGCCGGCACACUUGUGGCAUCCAACUCAGUAAAAUUUGAAAUGUUCUAGUCUAUAACUUAUGUAACCAUCAACAUGAUUUAACUGAAUUUAUCUCCCUUGCAACCAGUAGACAGUUUUAUACUGUUUAUUAUUUA